ACUUGCCGGGCCAGCAUGGAAGACGCUACAGGAGACGAGAAAGUGAAACGUGGGACUAUGUCGGACCCGGAGGAUGACAGCUCAUCGGAUACCGAUUUUGAACCCUCAAAACUCGGAACGAAAGAAUAUUGGGAAGAUGCCUAUCAAAAAGAACUGGAUACAUUCAAAGACAUCGGAGAUGUUGGUGAGAUAUGGUUUGGUGAGGAAAGCAUGAGCCGUGUGCUGCGAUGGAUGGACAGAGCUAAGAUCCCAGCAGAGGCUGCCAUUUUGGACAUUGGCACUGGAAAUGGAGCCUUUCUAGUGAAACUGGCUAAACACGGGCGCAGGAAUCUGACUGGUAUUGAUUAUUCUCUAGCCUCUGUAGAAUUGGCCAGAAACGUUCUGCGGGCCGAGGACUUGACGGAUAUCACUGUAAAGGAGGUGGAUUUCUUAAACUGCCGCGGCGAGCUAAAGGGCUUCGACGUCUGCAUCGACAAAGGCACGUUCGAUGCAAUAAGCUUGAACCCGGACAGCUCUAAGGAGGACAAAAUACUCUACGUCCAAGUUCUAAAAGAUGCUCUCCGGGACAAAGGAUUCUUCGCUAUCACUUCCUGUAACUGGACAAAAGAGCAGCUGCUGGACCGAUUUCGUGAAGGCUUUGAGUUUGUGGAGGAGUUGCCAACACCAAGCUUCCACUUUGGAGGCAAGAAGGGCAACACCGUGAUAGCCCUCAUCUUCAAACGAAUGUUUUGAUUCACCCCAAGGGUUCUUUUCCUUUCCUUGUUUUCUGUUUAUCUCUGAAAUUCAUAAUUACGGAAAUAUAUUUUUAUAACGCUGUAUCCACUUUUACAAGAUAUGUGUAAUGACGCCGGUGUGAAGUGUAGCAAAUUUCCUUUGGAAUAAAUGUUGUUUUUGUUUUGUUCUUGUCAUAUUAUCUUGCUUGACCCAUGGUGCUAUAGCAACCCGUAUUACAUAGAGAAGAUGUACAAUUGUAUAAUAUUCCUGAGAGAUGCAUGUCCCUGAGUGUCUUGGCACUUUCAAAAGUAAACGUGUGCCCCUCGUGCACUCAAUGAGACUUUUUUUUUAUCUUUGACUUUACUUUUCUUAGGCUACUGGUAAUAAUUCAGCCCAGACGAAAACCCCGUGUGAUAUAUAACCGAUUCUGCAUUCAAUAAUUUGCACUCAACAUCUUUUCCCCCUCAUCUAUACAUAAUAGCAUAGCACUUGCCUAGCAUGGACCCCGUUGAGUCCUGACCCACAUUUAAAAAAAACACCAUUCUGUUUAACUGAAAAAUACAUUGGAGCUAUCUUUCAUGUCAUGUGAAUAAUGGCCUGUUCCUAAUUGGCUCAAAUAAAAACAAGCAGAGCUUUGGUUCCCGACGAACAUGAGUAAGAACUUUUGACAUAGUGAAUAAACAAGGGGCCGUACCUUCUGUGCGAGAGAAGCCUGUCCGCCAUUCACUGACUCAAUGGCAUCAUUAAUUACUGUCAAACUCUUGACUCUUAAUUGCAAGCCGGGCCAGUGGUCCAAUGGAACCGUUGAUGUUGAGGCACACUGUUGAGUAAACACACGCAAGCUUUAUGAGAAUUACCGUCUGGAUUUUAACAAGGCCCUGGAUAUCCUGCCUCGGUGUGCAUAUUAUAAUCACAUUUUCCCAUGGAGCGACAGCUCCAUUAGAUAUCCUCCACUUCAUCCUUGUCAACACUCCCUCUCACUUGAACAAAGUGCCUCGUUAGAGGGAUCUUUGAGUGUUUUUCUCAAUGUGUAAUUAGAUUUUAAUAUGCAGUAAAGUUACAGUACCUCUUUGAAUGUACUGCAACUUACUGCCUUGCACAGGUGCUGUUGCUGAGAAACCGACUACACCACAAUCUUGUUUGUCUAAGAGUUUGUAGUUAAUUAUUCUAUGAAACAUUCCUAAGAGUAGAUUGCUUUUAAAAUCGGGCUUAUUCGCAUCCAAAAACUCAGCCUUGGUCAUUUGGUUCAUGACGAAAACAUAGUAAGAGAAAAUACAAAUAAAAGUACUACAUGUGAAACAGCUUAUACAGUAUGAAAUAUGUGUUUUGCCGUAAUUUGAAUUAUGACAAAUGUAUACCCACCUAUGCAAACCUUAGGUACUCAAUACUAAUGUGGUUGAAAAAUGAGGUAGAGCUUACAUAAAGUUCUGAGCUAAAACAAAUCCAGUAAAAGCUAACUAGCUUUAUGUUAAAGUGUCCAAAUGAAUCAUACUACCAGUAUUGCCGAGCACUGUUAAGUGAAAUAAAACGUGGGUAGGGUUGAACUGAGCUGUGCAGUAAUCAUACCUCCGUCAGCACUGGCUUUUGGGUUGGCGCUCACGUCUGAAGCUCGACUUUUAUUCCCC